AUGGCAGACAUCCAACCCUUCCAAAUUGAUAUCCCCAAAGAAGUCGACCGAUUGAACCGGAAACUAAAAGACACACGACUUCCAGGACGGCCAAUUGUUGCUGAUGCGGGGUCUCAUUAUGGCCCGCCCUACGAGUGGGCGCAACGUCUCUACGACACCUGGAUAAACGACUUCGACUGGUUCUCCGUGCAAAGCGAUAUAAACAAAUACCCCCAGUACACCACUUCGAUCGAAAACCUCAACAUCUACUUCCUGCACACGCGCGCGGAACGUCCGAACGCGAUCCCGUUGCUGUUGAUACAUGGGUGGCCGGGCUCUUUCUGGGAGUUUAGUCGAGUGUGGGGUCCUUUGUCGCGUCCAUCUGAUGACAAGGAUAUUGCAUUCCAUGUGAUUGUUCCGAGUCUACCGGGGUUCUGCUGGUCGGAUGGCCCGCACCGAUCAGGUUGGACUCUGCAGGAUACAGCUAGGGUUUUCGAUCAAUUGAUGAAGAAGCUCGGGUAUGAUCAGUACAUGGUGCAAUGUGGAGAUUGGGGACACUUUGUCGGCCGGGAGCUCGCGUCCAAGUACACGGAUUCGUGCAAGUUGUUGCAUUCCAAUUUUGCUCCGAGUCCGCUGCCUGAUGGCGUGGAAUAUACCGGUCGGGAGAAGGCGACACUGGAACGAGUGAACGACUGGCUGGAGAACCAUAUUGGUUAUGCUGUGUGUAUGAGGACUCGUCCACACACAAUCGGUCUCGUCCUCCACGACAACCCCCUCGGCAUUCUCAUGUGGGUAGGCGAAAAAUUCAUCGAAGCCUCCAACCCCUCCAACCAAAACGAUCGUUCAUGGACGCACGCGAUCCUCACCACCGCGUCAUUGUACUACUUCAGCAAUUGCAUUAUGUCGUCUAUGCUGACGUACUACGAGAACGUCCAGCAUGAUAAAUUCGCCGAGUUUGUUGUCCAGCCGGAAAACCGAAUUAAGGUUCCGUUUGGGUAUACGUCGUUUAUCUGGGAUACGGAGCCUUCGUCGCGGAGGGCAGUUGGGAGGACGGGGGAGUUGGUGUUUUAUAAAGAGCGUGACGAUGCUGGGCAUUUCGCUGCACUCGAGCACCCAAGUGGACUAGUCGAAGACUUGAGAGAACUGGCAGGCGGACAUUGGCGAGCUAGUUAG